UUUAAGUAACACAUACUUAAUACAAAUUUAAUACCAUUGUGAUAUUUAUUUUUCCUGCCUUAGAUGAAGCACCUAUCAACAUAACUGAUGAACCACCAAUCAACAUAACUGCCUUAGAUGCAGCAGCCAUCAACAUAAUAUCUGAAACUGAACCCAUCAGCAUGACUGUCUCAACAGAGAGGUCCGAGGAGCGAGGCACGGGAGGUCUAGAUCCCUAUGCACCUAACCAUAGCUUGUCAGAUGUAAAGUCCCUCUAUGACGCAUGUAAAUCUGGAGACACAGAGAAAAUUUUCAAACUUCAUGCAAAAUGUCCAGAGUUGUUAUCACAGAACAGUAAUCAGUACCUUCUUGGCAUUGUUGAAUCUGGAAACAUAGAUUGCUAUAUCGCUAUAGAAUCUUUGUUGCUUAAAGGAAAAGGAGAAGAGGAGCGUCAACAAUACAUUGGAAGCAUUAGAGAUACGGAUAACGAAUCCGUGCUCCACAAAGCCUGUCGUUCUGGAAGUAAAGACAUGUAUGCAUACAUCUCUACAACAUAUCCUAAUCUAGUUGCAGACAAGAACUAUCUCCUGGAAAUAGCACGUAGCAAGUCUGACCUUUAUGACAUAAUUGAGAAGGAGUAUGAGAUUAACAAAAAAUAGCCGUUGAAUGACUAAUGAAAACAAAACAUUUCAACAUCAGAGUAUAUAUCCCGGGAAUCUUUUUUAACAUUAUCAUGACGUUAAAGUAAUGUUACACUUGACGUUUUGAUAACCUUUUUCAUUGUUGUAUUUUGUAAUGUUUAAUUUGUGUUUUAAAUAUAUAGACGUUAUUCAGUAGAGUGUGCAUCAAUUUCACGUUUUUCAACAUUACAUUUGGUUUUAACUCUAGUUGGCUCCCUAGUGGAGUUCCUCAUGAGCACUCGCACUCUUAAUCUUAGUCACAUUUUGUUCCUUUGUAACAAGGGUCCUUCAUCAUAGAUAUUGGGAUAAAUGAAAAUAGAGUAAUGGCGUCCAUGGCAUUAUUUCUCAAACACAGCUAGCUGUUUAGUCUCUAUGAACAGGCCCACAAUUUGGUACUCUCCAGGAAAUUGCAGUCAAACAAAGCCUCUUGUUAUGAUGCAAACUUCAUUUAUAGGCUAUCAAACGUUUUUUUUCUAUAGUAUAUCCUUCUUGACUCCAAAGCUGUAGUUUAUAAUGACUAAAAAGUAUGGAGAAUUUUUUUUUUCCCCGGAUGUUUCGCGCUCAAUCAGAAAACAACCUCAUCUGCAAAUUAAAUUCAUCAAUGUUCUAAUAUAACUCCGUGAUGCAAUUAACAGAGGACAAUCUCCAUUGUUGUUGCAUUAUAUAAAGUGAUACCUUACAUAUUCAACAUACUAGUGUUCUAACUGAUAACUUUAGAACUUAUAAGAGUUCCCAGACAACACUAAUACACAGUAACAACUGUAAAUUGUACAUUUUAUCAUACAUUGUAUCUUGACCAUAUGUAAGAUGAGCUUUAUGCUCAAUAUGUUAUCAAGAAUAAAUAAAGCCUUAAAUAUUAUAUAUUAUUAUUAUUAUAUAUUUGUAUCAAUCGGUAUCAAAUGCCGGUCUCCGUGAAUUCUGUUCAAUCCACAUAAGCACGCUAUCUGUUCCAUUAAUUUACUAAUUUGUCUGGAAUUCAAACAAGGUUCCAGACGGAGUCAUCCCGGAGGACCAUCUGUUGUCGGAUGGUCGUCCUUUUACUUUGACUUGGGUAAAUCAUAUUUCUUUGGCCAUGUACCAUGUAUGGUAAAAUCCAGAGCACAUACGUUUCAGCUAGCACUAUAUACAAAACAAUAGCUUUAAAGGCACUGAGUCAUUUUCAACUUGACGUCAGAAAAGCUGACCCCAGUAUAAUUGGUUUCAAUUGGAAAUAGUGACUCUCAAAUGAAUUGAUAAAGAAAAGAGAUCACUUCAGUUAUUUUUUCUAAGUUUUGUCAUUAUUUGACAUCAAUUCUGUGACAAGAACCCAUCUGGCCUUAACUGUCAUCUAACUUAUAAUAACAAAAGAGUUAUGGUUGAAACGUGAAGUUGAAAUAAUCGGAAAUGUAAAUAAAAAGGUACAAGUGCUAAA